GCCUCAACACCUCGUUGGUCACAAUCCUGCUUACUGCAUAUAUAGUUCGCCUUUUGUUGAAUCGACCUCUUUCUCAGCAGCUCGUGUUUUCGCCUAGCGAGGUGGGUUCCUUCGCGUUUUCGACACGUGUUGAAACAUCAUGUAUUAGUGCCGAGGUGUAAUUCUGAACAUUUGUGUCAUAUGAUUACAGAGUCGAAAAUUUGCUUGAAAAGAGCAUAACAUCAUGUCUGACCAGAUGAGCCCGCCUAGCGAUCGAGGGGGAGGAAAUCUCUGGACGACGAUGCUAAAUCACCCAGUCGGCGAUUCCUCCGAGCAAACUAGAAAUCCUCAAGAGCAAUCUUUGAAUCGGGCCUGCGAGGCAUGUCGGACAUCCAAGGUUCGUUGUUUGUCGAAUCCCGAACCAGGCUCCAACCAAUGUCAGAGAUGUGCAAAAGCAGGAAAGACCUGCGUGUUUGCGCCACCUGUCAAGAGACGUCAACGCAAAAGAACAGAUGUACGAGUCGCCGAAUUAGAGAAAGAGGUUAAGCAGAUGCGCGACCUUCUGAAACACAGCGAUCAGUCACCCACAGAUGGCGGCGACCAAGAGUAUGCGGAAGACCAUACAAACGAGCCAGAGCACAGUACAGAGCAUACCCCAUCAAGGAGCAUGGUGACUCCUCCACCGCCAACCGCCAGUCACUGGCCUAACUUGUUCCAAAACGAUGCACCUGCUUCGUAUUCCCCUCAAAGGGAGUUUAACUGCAAAGACUCAUUUGGUCCCUCGAAAAACGACAUAAUAGAUCGCGGGGUAAUCACUAUGCAAAUGGCAGAAGAACUUGUACAUAUCUGGCAGAACGACCUGAUAGAAGCCUGUCCCGGAAUCUCGAUACCUAGGAAUUGGACGGCCGCCCAGCUAAGAGAGAAGAAACCAGCGCUUUUUCAUGCAGUGAUGGCGGCGGCUGCGCAAUCAAAAGGAUGCGCCUUGUCUGAUCAGUUGCAUGACGAGGCUGUAUAUCUCUAUGCUCGAUCGGCAUUCAUACAGGGUGAAAAGUCGAUUCAGUGCAUUCAAGCGAUGAUGGUCACGGUCGCAUACUACUCACCACCCAAAACUCCAGGCCAUUUGCAAAUCUAUCAGUGGGUAAAUUUUGCUGCUUCCUGUGCGCUCGAACUUGGGCUGGCUUCCAGGCCGAGGACUCAUGAACAGCUACCCAAGAGGGCUAUCAGAUCGUUGCAGCGUAUCUCCUCUCCGGAGGAGCUGCUUGAGCAUUGUCGGACAGUUUUGUUUUUAUACAUCAUGAGUGCAGGUCAAUCCAUGCGAAUGAAACGCCCUAAUAUUUUGCUGUUCAACAGCUGGAUGCAGGAAUGCUUCGUUCUGCUUGAGAAAUCGAAGUCUAUUGCGGACCAAAGGACCGUCGCAUGGCUUAAGCUCCAGAGAAUCUCGGACGAGGCGCAUACCGCGUUUGGUUUCGAUGACGCUAGUACCAGUUUCAGCCUCUCAGAACUCAGGAUGCAGGUGAUCCUGAGGAUAUUCGAUCGAAGAAUGCAGGAAUGGAAGAAGUCCGUCUCGGAUGAGGUGAUGACUUGUUUUUUGAUGAUCGAACAUCAUGCUGCUGUGCUGCUGAUGUGGGAGUUCGGCAUGGACGGAGGACGGUACGAUGUGACCGACUUCAGGAAUCGACACUUCACGUUGCCCGCCCUGGAUGAUGACAGUGUUCAGCCAGAGUCAUUACUCUCACACUCUGCGCUACAAAUCAACGCCACAACCAAGUGCAUCUCUGCGGCACAUGCAAUCCUCGAUUGCGUUUUGGAGAUGCCGAUCGAUCGACUACAAAAGGUUCCGAAUAGCAUCUUUGUCAGGGCUAUAUACGCGCUGGUAGUAAUUCUGAAAAUUGAGUAUGGCGUGGGGACUGACACGGAAAUGAGCGAAUUGAUCGAGUCAGAAAAACUAAAGGCUGACUACUACCUGGAUGAAAUUAUCCGUAAGAUUACGGUUGCUAUUGGGCCUCAGAAAUGUCGCUCACCUUCGCAUUGGUCUUUCAUUCUCCAGGACAAACUCAUAAGUUGGCACGAUGAGUACAAACAAUGGCGUCAAGAAGGACGGCACUUGAAGCGCAGGAAAACGGAUCCCAUGGAUGAAAGCUCUAGGACAGUGCCAAACCAAACACCCACUUUCGCAGAGCCAACAUCUCGAAAUAACGCGUCUUCGACUCAUCCACUACAGCCGAAAGCACAGCCACCGGCAGCCCAAGCGCCCAACUUCAAUAUGGGUAGUUCAUAUCCUACAUGGACAGCAAACAGCGUUCCAUAUGGAAACGCCAUAGAACCCCAAUCCGGGUUCACUCCCGACAUCGGAGACUUUUCGGCGGCCUUCCAAAACGGAGAUUUGUAUUUGUGGAACGAUUUAUCUGCAGACAACUUCGGCGGUUGGGCGCCAAAUAUGGGAUUUGGUCAGCUUAACAGUCAGGGGUUUUGAGCGAAACUUUAGUGAGCGUUAUCAGGCGUGGCGAUGGUUGUUAUAGAUUAACUUAGAUGGUUUGUUGUACUUGCAAUUGUCAAGUGGUGAAUAUAGAGCUUUUGGUGGGCAUCUAGCCCUAAAUAUAGUUUUAACUCUCUUCGGUCAUCAGCGAGGGUUCACUUAUUGUAGAUAAUUCGAC